AUGGAUGCUGAUGAUUACAUCGAUAUGAUAGAUUGGAAAACCAAGACAGAACCUCCACUUACGAAGAAUUUAAGUACCGAAAGGAUAUCUCAGGCCAUCACGGAAAAAUUCCGUGUCACACAUAAUCCUCUGAAAGAUGUGUUAAUUGGCCUAGACAGUGUACUUCCUUGCAAUAUCCAACAAAGGCAGUUCACUGAUCUGGAGCCUGCCUUGGAUUUUUACCAAUCCGAUUUGGUCCACACAAACCGGGACAUCUUGAAUGCGGAGUGGGAGUUAUGGAAAAGCCACUGGAAGAUUGCCCAGGUUACGCCUAAAACUGCUACUUCAGUGCUAAAGGCUUUGAAGGACGAAGAUGAUGCUUUUCCUAACAUGAAGAUUCUGCUUGGUAUAUUGGCAGUCCUCCCUGUCACAACAGCAUCAGUUGAAAGAUCAUUUUCAACACUGAAAAGACUGAAGACCUAUUUAAGAAAUUCAAUAGGUGAAGAAAGGCUCACUUCCCUUGCACUCUUAUCCAUACAUCGAGAUUUGCAAGUGAAGACAGAAGAAAUCAUCUGCCAAUACACAAGAACUCCAAGAAGGUUGCAGUUCCAUUAGUAGGGCACAUUUUCAUAUGUAUUACCAAUUCAGGAUUGUAUUGAAAGUAAACUUGCUAAUUUUGUGCACAUAAUAAAUGUUAUGAACGGAUAAAAAAUUGUAUUGAGUUUUGAAACCUUUCUAUGAACAUUACUUGUAAUAUUUAUGGG